UCGACACCAUGUUGACCACUGAGUUUGUCCAGCUGGUGCUAUUAUUCGGCUCCGGUUCGAUAUUUUUCCUAUUCGUUGUGCUUGGAAUAGUACUUAAAGUAACGACGACACCGUUUCCAAAAAUUGUACGGCACAGGGAUGAAGAGUACUACAAAGAUCCGGCUACGGGUGAUAGCCGACCGUUUGCUUCGUUGGAAGACAAACCAACCCUCAAGCUGAGUGUGAUCGUACCCGCAUUCGAUGAGGAAAAAAGACUGCCCGCCAUGCUGGAUGAGUGCUUAGAAUAUCUGCAAGCUCGAUCCAAAGCGGAGAAAGAUUUCACCUAUGAGGUGAUCAUCGUAAGCGAUGGUAGUCGCGACCGUACGGUAAAAGUAGCAAUGCAGUACGUGAGUCGGUUCGGUGCGGACAGCGUGCGCGUACUGAACCUCAUCGAAAACCGUGGCAAGGGUGGUGCUGUACGGCUCGGUAUGCUUAGCAGCCGGGGACAGUUUCUACUGUUUGCCGAUGCUGAUGGAGCGACAAAGUUUGCCGAUUACGAAAAGCUAGAACGAUCCAUGAUGGAAAUGACGGGAUCGGAUUGGAUGCGUAAUGCACUGGUCAUUGGAUCGCGGGCCCAUCUGGAGGAGGAAGCCACCGCAAAACGUACCAUCUUUCGUACGAUUCUUAUGCACGGGUUUCACUUCCUCGUGUGGACGUUUGCGGUGAAGAAGAUCCGGGAUACACAGUGUGGUUUUAAGCUGGUGUCACGGUCGGCUGCCAGAAAAUUGUUCCAGGUGAUGCACGUCGAACGGUGGGCAUUCGAUGUGGAGUUAUUGUUUAUUGCACAAUCGUACAACAUUCCGAUAGCGGAGGUUGCAGUAAACUGGACGGAGAUCGAAGGUUCGAAGCUGACACCGUUCUGGUCCUGGUUGCAGAUGGGACGGGAUUUGAUGCUGAUCUGGUUCCGGUAUGCGAUCGGUGCGUGGCAGCUGCGUAAAGAACAUUCGAAUUGAACAACAAAGGGGUGGCAUUGAGUUGCUGCAGGAAGCAUUU